AGUCAUAUGCACAAGACGACGGCUUUUACAUUUUCACAAGCAAAAUGUUGUUAAAAGCUCAAAGUUUCGUAUGCGUUCUAGUUUUUGGUUACUUUGCUACGGUAGCUGCUGAAGAUAAACAGUUGAACAAUGUUCUGCAGAGUAAAACGAUUCACAUUGUCGACGUCAACGGGAACACGGGAUCUAUGCAGAUAAAUGCAACAUACAAGAAUAUAAACACGCUGAAUGUUGUAGGCAAUGCAAAUCACAGUCUAUUGGCCAAUUUUAUUGGCACAGGUCUGAUAAAGUCUCCGCCUGCGCCAGCAGCCGAUGUGACGACAAUCAUUAGCGAACUUAGAGCUCAAAUCAACAGUUUGAAUGCCUCUGUGAACCAUCUGACGAAUCUGCUCACAUCGCAUUUAGAGGAGAGGAAGCUGGAGAGGCAGGCAGCUGGUUGCUCUGUGAUCGACAACGUGAGCAGUGUUCAGCUGAUCCAGAUUCCUGGAUACGCUCCAUUUCGAGUUCUUUGCGAUUCAGAAGUCGGCUGGAUGGUCAUACAACGUCGUUGCGAUGGCAGCAUUGACUUUUACAGAAACUGGCAAGCAUAUCGCAAUGGAUUUGGCUCCUACGAAGGCGAGUUCUUUCUCGGCCUGGAGUACAUACAUCGCCUGACCAAAUCACGGCCAUACGAGCUUUAUAUCGAGCUGAUUGACUUCGACAAUCGAAUCUCCUACGCUCGAUACGACAGUUUUCUCAUUGGCUGCGAACAGGAGCAAUACAUGCUGAAGUCCCUGGGCACGUACAGCGGCAACGCUGGCGACUCAUUGAAAUAUAAUCUGUAUGACAAGUUCUCGACCUACGAUUACGACAACGACGAUUGGUCGGGCGGCAACUGCGCCAACUAUUACGAGAGCGGCUGGUGGUACAAGUGGAAUGCAAAUAGUAACCUCAACGGCAGAUACAUUAAGAGUGGAGAGAAAAGUGCGAAGGGCAUUUGGUGGUACACGUUGCAUGGCUACUACUCGCUGAAGUCGGUCGGAAUGUUUAUUCGACCAAAGUACACUUUACUUUGAGCUAAAGUUACAAUAUAAACUGAUUAAAAAAUGCAUAUGAGACAGUCUGAAACAUAAAUAAUAAAUAAAUAAUUAUUCGAUUUAUAA